AUGCCGCAGGCUGCGAGGUGGGCAGGGACGCCCUCCAUUAAGGGCCGGAAUGAGUCCACAAGGAUGGCUCUGUUGACGUUUAGUUUGGUGGGAUUGCAGUGCGUAUUUCGUUCCCAUUUUCUGUAUUGUACGCCGUAUCUUUUGCAACUCGGUUUGACGAAGUCUAAGACUUCGUUGGUGUGGAUUGCUGGCCCUUUGUCGGGGUUGAUUAUCCAGCCUCUGAUUGGUGUCAUUGCUGAUCGAUCACGGUCAAAAUGGGGUCGACGGAGGCCUUUCAUGGUCUUUGGGUCGUUUGUUGUUGCUCUCUGUCUGAUUGUCCUAGGGUGGACGUCGGAGAUUGUUGGGCUAUUCGUGAAGGAUCCGGAAAAGGCUAAGAAUGGCACAAUUGCCCUUGCUGUAUUGAGUAUCUAUGCUGUGGAUUUCUCCAUCAAUGUUGUCCAAGCGUGUUGUCGCAGUUUGAUUGUGGAUACACUACCGAUUCCAUCCCAGCAAGCUGGAUCUGCAUGGGCCGGGAGAAUGUGUGCCAUUGGCCAGCUUUUUGCUUAUGUGGUCGGUGCUAUCGAUACUGUCAGCAUCUUCGGUACCGUUCUUGGAGAUACACAGUUCAAGCAGAUGACAGUGAUCGCUGCUUUCUCGUUGGUUAUGGCAGUGGCAGUCACUUCAUACUCGGUUAAAGAGCGAGUGCUUAUCACGGCAAGAGACGACGGAAGUGCUGGUGCUGUUCAAGUUCUCUCACAGCUGUUCAAAACAACUUUCGAGCUGCCGCCUCGCAUCCAAGCUAUUUGCUGGGCCCAGUUCUGGGCUUGGAUUGGUUGGUUCCCCUUCCUCUUCUACAGCACGACUUGGGUUGGUGAGACCUACUUCCGCUAUGAAGUACCCAAAGACGAUAUGGCCAAAGCGACAGAUAUGCUUGGUGAAGUCGGCCGUGUAGGCAGUCUUUCAUUAACAGUCUUCUCGUCUAUUACAUUCCUCAGCUCUGUACUUUUACCCUUCUGUAUCCAGCCGCCAGAUAGCAAGCGGACCCGAUUCACUCCCCGACCUCCACCGGGAGUUGCAGCAGUCCUCAAAGCCAUCACCUCAAUCCGUCCCGAUCUCCAAACCGCCUGGUUGAUCUCCCAUAUCAUGUUUGCCGUCACAAUGAUCUUCGCACCCCUAGCACACUCCCGAGCCUUCGCAACUUUCCUAGUAGCGGCAUGCGGUAUUCCCUGGGCGAUCAGUAGCUGGGCUCCAUUUGCCUUCAUGGGCGUGGAAAUCAACAAAUUAACAAUGGCCGGGUAUUCCCCCGCCAUUCCAUCCUCACGAUCCGGCGUGACGAUGAUCACCUCAGCCAGCCUACGCAACUCAGCCGCCGACACCGAGCUGGAUGUCCUCCGGCUGAACCAUCGCGAUUCCUUCGACAGCGACAGCGACGAAGAGGAUCAAUCAUCCAACAUCCCGUCAACAGGUGAACUAGCCGGCAUCUACCUAGGCGUGCUAAAUGUGUACACGACCCUACCGCAAUUUGUCGGCACAUUCAUCAGCUGGAUUGUCUUCAGCAUCCUGGAACCGGGCGCAACACCCGGACCAGACGACGCUGCCGACGACUCAGACACGCAAUGGAUGAACCUGGAUAAGGACCGACCCAACGCUAUCGCCAUUUGUCUCUUCAUUGGAGCGAUAAGCGCCCUCGUGGCGGCCGAGGCUACCCGCCGACUCCGGUAUAUACUAUGA